ACUACCGGUGACAUCCACACAGCAGAGGUGCAGCAAGUGAGCCCAUCGUCUCAGCAGAGCUGUGCGGAGAUGGCGUCUCUUCUGCAGCCGGAUAGAGUUGUCUAUCUGGUUCGUGGGGAGAAAAAGAUCAGAGCCCCUUUAUCUCAACUUUAUUUCUGUCGCUAUUGUAGUGAGCUAAGGUCUCUGGAAUGUGUGUCUCACGAGGUGGACUCUCACUAUUGCCCAAGCUGUCUGGAGAACAUGCCAUCAGCGGAGGCUAAGCUUAAAAAGAACAGGUGUGCAAAUUGCUUUGACUGCCCAUGUUGCAUGCACACACUGUCUACACGAGCCACCAACAUCCCAGCCCCUCUGCCUGAUGAUCCCACUAAGACGGCCAUGAAGAAGGCUUACUACUUGGCCUGUGGCUUCUGUCGCUGGACCUCCAGGGAUGUGGGAAUGGCUGACAAAUCCGUUGCCAGUGGCGGAUGGCAGGAGCCAGAGAACCCUCAUACUCAGCGGAUCAACAAGCUGAUCGAGUAUUACCAGCAGCUGGCCCACAGAGAGAAGCAGGAUAGGGAUAGGAAGAAGAUGGCCAGGAGGAGACAGUGCAUGCCUCUGGCGUUCUCGCAACACACUAUUCAUGUGGUGGAAAAAUAUGGCCUUGGAACCAGACUGCAGAGGCAGAGGUCUGGAGCUCCCAUAUCAAGCCUGUCUGGGCUUUCCCUGAAAGAGGGCGAGGAGCAGAAGGAGAUCACCAUUGAGCCUGCCCUGGCCCUCGAUGAAGUGGAACCCCUGCCCGAGGAUUGUUAUACCCGGCCCAUCAGCCUACCAGAGGUGACCACGCUGCGCCAGCGGCUGCUGCAGCCUGACUUCCAGCCCGCGGGCGCGUCUCAGCUCCACCCCAGACACAAGCACCUCCUGAUGAAGCGCUCACUGCGCUGCAGGAAAUGCGAGCACAACUUGAGCAAGCCGGAGUUUAAUCCUACUUCGAUCAAGUUUAAAAUACAGCUAGUGGCUGUGAGUUAUAUCCCUGAAGUGAGAAUUAUGUCCAUUCCAAAUCUCCGGAACAUGAAGGAGAGCCAGGUGCUGCUGACUCUGACCAACCCCGUGGAGAACAUCACCCACGUCACAUUGGCUCCUUGUGAGGACGAAGAUCCCGAUGACAUCAACAGCACAGCUAAGGUGGUGGUUCCCAGCAAAGAACUGGUCUUGGCAGGAAAGGACGCCGCUGCGGAGUACGACGAACUGGCUGAACCCCAGGACUUUCAGGAUGACCCCGAUGUUGUUGCCUUCAGGAAAUCCAACAAGAUCGGGUUCUUCAUCAAAGUGAUCCCUCAGAAAGAAGGGGACGCGGACGUCACCGUUUCGUUUAAGAUCCGACACGACUUCCGCAACCUGGCGGCCCCCGUCAGGCCGAGCGAGGAGGGAUCCGACCCCGCCGCCGAGGCCAUUUGGCUGACGCACCACGUGGAGCUGAGGCUGGGCCCGCUCGCUCCCUGAACACCAGCUCCGUGGGCCAUCAAACAGUCCUAGUGUUGGGUUCCUUUGAGCCGAUUUCUGUGGGGUGAAUUUAAUUUAAAGGUGAUUUCUGAUUCUGCUCAUCGAUGCGUGGGGUCUGCUCGGCACACAGCUCUUCCCCCCCUUCGAGCUGUCGGGGAGACUGCAGCCAUUGCACGAUUUGUAAAACUACAUGAAACCAUGAAGUUUGAAUUUCUUUUUUUUGUUGUUCAUCGGAGGGACUACACUGUAUUCUCCUUGGCCCAAGCACUACACCUUCUGACAUUAAAAAGCAGUUCUAACAUGUAACAGAACCUCAUGUGGAACCUUAUGCAUUCACUUUGCCAUUCCAACGUUUGGAUUCAGCUCUUGUGUUGAUGUGUUUCCUCUUUCCAUCUUUAUUAUAGUGUAAUGUUGUCAUCAACUAUUAUAUUAUGUACUUUGGAAAUAUGUUUGACCUUUUAAAGAUGUGCUAGGUGUUAGAAUACUUGACACGGUGUUACAUGCCAGGAGAGGGUACUGUUGUGUUGAGAAUUACCCAAACGGCAUACAAUUACUGAUUAAAAGAAUUAUGAGAUUUGAUUUAAAAAUGUUUUCUCACCCUGCUAUGUUUUUUUUUUGUCAGCUGUGGAUUAUUUUUUGUGUACAAUAUUGUUCUUAUAUGUUGAAAAUAUCAUUUGAAGUUGAAGUUGAGCGUGUUAACGGGUAUAAAUCGGCAGAGAAUAAAUGAGCGAUGGUCAGAAUCAGAAAUCAUAUGAGAUUUAGUCCCAAUAAGUCCCCCCCACCAGGCAGAAAACGCUUCUGUGUUUUCAGCUUCUGUUUCCUCGUCCGCAUCCUUUCCUGCAGACAGUAAUCUCUUAUUAACUCGCAUGCUUCAGCUACAGCAGAUAUGGCACACGUGAUCCUCGGUUCAUUUUACUUUAGUCUCAAGUUAAACCGUAACCAGCUCUUUAGAUGGCAUCACAGUACAAAGUGUUCACUAUUUCAAUGUUUGGCAACACUAUCAUUUUUUUUUUUUUUUUCAGAUUUAGAAAUGUAUCUUCCUGGUUGAUGGAGCUCACUGACCUCGCCACCAGUAUAUAUUGUGUUUGUAAAACAGCCUUACAGCACAUUUAAACUUCAGUACAGGCUAAUAAAAUCAUGUGAUACUGUAA